AUGGCUUUAUCAAUCACACUCCUUCUUCUACCAUUAAUGUAUUUCCAGCGUUCAUCUUCUUCAUCAUCAACCUUGAGAAUGGGUUCUUCCCUCUCUGUGGAAAAUCCACAGCAUAUUCUCAUCUCACCAAACGCCAUGUUUUCUGCUGGCUUUUUAGCCAUUGGUGAGAACGCAUAUUCGUUUGCAAUAUGGUUCACGGAGCCUCAUUUUCACAGCCCCAACACUGUCACAUGGAUGGCAAACCGUGACCAACCUGUCAACGGAAAACGCUCAAAACUUUCCCUCACAAACGAUGGCAACGUUGUCUUAGUCGAUGCUGCUUUCAACACUGCUUGGUCUUCAAACACCGAUUCAUUAGACCCAGUAGAGUUGCAUCUCAAUGACGAUGGUAAUCUAGUAUUACGCCAGCUUCAAGGAACCAUUCUGUGGCAAAGUUUCGAUUUUCCGACCGACACUCUCGUUCCUGGUCAGCCUCUUACCAGAUACACAUAUCUUCUGUCUUCAAGAAGCCACACAAACCAUUCAUCUGGUUUCUACAAGCUGUAUUUCGGCGAUGAGAACAUUCUUCGUCUUGUAUAUGAUGGCCCUGAUGUGUCCAGCAACUACUGGCCAACUCCCUGGCGUGUAAGUUGGGAUGUUGGUAGAACUUUAUUCAAUAGCAGUAGAAUUGCUGUGUUGAAUUCUUUUGGGGCCUUUCAUUCCUCGGAUAACUUCACUUUUGUGACAUCAGAUUAUGGAACCGUGCUGCAGAGAAGGUUGAAACUGGACUCUGAUGGUAAUUUCCGAGUGUAUAGUCGAAAUAGUGUGUUAGAGAAAUGGUAUGUUUCGUGGCAAGCGAUUAGGAAUGGCUGCAUGAUUCAUGGGGUUUGUGGAGCCAACAGCACGUGUGGUUUUGAUCAUGAGAGUGGGAAAAAGUGCGAGUGUAUUCCAGGGUACAGAUGGAACAACCUCAGUGAUUGGUCUCAUGGGUGUAAACCCAUGUUCGAGCUCACCUGCGAUAAGAAUGAGUCAACCUUCUUGGGGGUGCGGGGUGUUGAAUUUUACGGGUAUGAUUUUUAUUAUGUAGAAGUUAGUAACUUUACUGCUUGUGAAAAAUUGUGCUUGCAAAAUUGCAGCUGUGUAGGGUUUCAGCACUCCUACACUGACAAAAGGGGCAUAGCCUUCAAGUGUUAUACCAAAACAAAAUUGCUCAAUGGACGGCGUUUACCGAAUUUCCCAGGAACAACAUACUUGAGAGUGUCCAAAAGUUAUAGCUUCUCUGUGAAAGAAUCUUCUAAUAAUCACACUGCACUUGAUCAUCGAGUUUGUUCAGUUCAACUUCAAAGAGAUUAUAUACAACCACAGGGAAGCCGUAUUGUGAGUGUUUUUCUGUGGUUUGCUUCCGCACUUGGAGCUUUUCAAAUGGUUUGUGGUUUUGUGAUUUGGUGCUUCCUAAUUAGAACCAACCGAAAGAGUAAUGCAGAUCAAAAGGGGUACCAUCUUACAGCAACGGGAUUCAGAAAAUUUACCUACUCCGAGCUGAAAAAGGCUACGAAGGGGUUCAGUAAAGAGAUUGGAAGAGGUGGGGGAGGGGUUGUGUACGAAGCUAUUUUAUCAGAUGGAAGACAUGCAGCAAUUAAGAGACUGAAUGAAGCUAAACAAGGAGAAGGGGAGUUUCUUGCUGAAGUGAGCAUCAUUGGAAGGAUUAACCACAUGAACUUGAUCGAAAUGUGGGGAUAUUGUGCUGAGGGAAAGCAUAGGUUGUUGGUGUAUGAGUAUAUGGAGAAUGGUUCUUUGGCAGAAAAUCUCUCAUCCAACACACUUGAUUGGAGUAAGAGAUACAACAUUGCAAUUGGAACUGCAAGAGUUCUAGCAUAUCUGCAUGAAGAAUGCUUGGAGUGGAUUUUGCACUGUGAUAUAAAGCCACAAAAUAUACUUCUGGAUUCCAAUUAUGAGCCAAAGUUAGCAGAUUUUGGGUUGUCUAAGCUCCUCAACAGAAACAACCCCAACAAUCCAAGCAUCUCUAUGAUCAGAGGGACCAGAGGGUAUAUGGCACCUGAGUGGGUUCUUAACUUGCCAAUCACAUCCAAGGUGGAUGUUUAUAGCUAUGGAAUUGUUGUGUUGGAACUGGUAACUGGGAAAAGCACAAGUGUCCAAGAAAUUAAUGGUGAAGAGACAUAUGAUGGGAGGCUGGUGGCAUGGGUGAGAGAAAAGAGAAGCAACAUGGACUCACAUUGGGUUGAACAAAUAGUUGAACCUGCUAUUGGACCUGAUUAUGAUAGAAGUAAGAUGGAAAUGUUGACAACAGUGGCUUUGAACUGUGUAAUGGAAGACAGAGAUUCAAGGCCUACCAUGAGCCAAGUAGUUGAGAUGCUUCAAGCUCAUGGACGUGAAUCUGAUUGA